AUGUUUUAUGUGAUUUUUGAACGUAAAAAAAGUGCCUUGCAAAAGGAAAGCAAGAAGCAGCAAGAAACAAACAGUAAAAAUGAUAAAUUUCCAGAAGCGCGUUUUGCUACACAUUUUGAUGGUUGGAACCUUGAGCCUCAAGCUUACAUACCAUUGCAACAAGCUUUGUCAUCACAAGCAAAUUGGGUAGUGAAAAUUUUAUUGCUAACACAGCAGAGUUAA